GCAAUUUCUCUCGUCCGACGUACCUAACGCGUCUCUCCGUCCGCGGCACUCAUAUUCGUCUUUUUCUCCGCUCGUUCCAUCGUCCACCGCCCAAAUGGUGUCCGCUCUGUGGCAGGCAAGCGCCGAGGGCAACCUGGAGCUCGUCUCUGACCUCCUCAAGGAUGCAUCCAGCGCGGAUAUCGAGAUCAAAGAUCACGAUGGUGUUACGCCCCUCAUCGAGGCAGUCAAAAACGGCCACGUCGAGGUGGUCCGCGCGCUCUUGGACAGAGGUGCCGACCCCAAUAACGCCUCGAACCACGGCCCUCCUGAGCAAUACACUCAAGACCCCGCCAUUCUGGAGCUCAUACGUGCUGCACAGAGUAGGCUCGACCAAAAUGGCGCCCACGCCCAGGGUUACGGCGAACCCCUAAUGGAACCGCCCAAAGACUACUACGCCCCUCCCCCGGGCGCGUACUACUACCCUGGAUAUGCUGGGGGCCCCCCGCCGCCUCUGCCCGAAGGAACUAUGCCAUACUACCCGCCUCCUCCCAAUGAACCACAGUAUGGCAACGUGCCUCCGCCAAACGUCGCCCGCAUGAUACCAUGCAGAUUCUAUCCCGCAUGUCGCUACGGGUCCUCCUGCCUAUUCGCCCAUCCACAGGGACCUUAUUAUGGUCCCCCAGCGGGCCAAUACCCUGUUCCGUAUGACCCCAUGGCCCCUCCACCAUUCCCUCAGAGCUAUUAUCCCAUCUCGCCGCCCUUCCAGUCUCCGAACGGCGUUCCACCUCAGAUCGACGGUAACGGCCAGCACCCGACGCCCCCGCCGCCUCACGCGAGGUCUGGAUCGGACAUUGUCUCUCCGAUUCAGACCCAUUUCCCACCCAUGCCUCCUCCUGGCCCAUACAGUGCCGUUUCUCCUGUUGCCGCACCGUUCGCGGCGCCCAUGCCGGUUCCGAUGGGCGUGCCUCUCCCACAUUCUCCUUCCGCUGGUCCCGUCCCAAAUUCACAGUACCCCCACCCCCCUGGAGCCACCCCUUUCCCUGUCCAGACCUCUAUUGGACAUCCCCAUGAUGGUGCUCGUAUAGAGGCCAACGGCAUUCACUCGCCACCGCCGCAUCAGCCUCAACUUGACGGAUACGCUCCGACUCCUCAUGGCCGUGACACUGUGUCACAGCAUCGCCGAGGGAGCAUGCGAAGACCGUCUUUGGUAGGCCGCAAACCACCUUGCGUGUUCUUCCCCUCCGGGCGAUGCAGGAACGGCGAUGAUUGCCGGUUCCCGCAUGUCAUAUCGGAUGGCAACAACGCGCAUGGCGCUCCGGCAUACGGCCACCGAGGAGGUCACCGGCCACGAUACUCUUCGCAUGUCAAUGGGCUUGCUACCAUCGACCAGAAAAUGGCCAACAUGUCGUUAGGAGAUCACAACGGUCACGGACCUGCGGCUACGGACGGGAUAAACCGCUCGAUUUCCGCAGACAACGGCGCACGCGGCCGACAACAACCCAACUUUCGGCAUCCCGGCCCUGCGGCGGGACCUAAUCGUACGGACAAGCGCCCCUAUGCGAAGCAGAGGGUGCCAGGUGCGGAUGAAUUCCCCACAUUAGCGGGCACCGCACCCUCGCCCUCCCGUAGCCCCGGCAUGCAUGCACUGCCGGAGAGAACCGCCGCUCAGGUUUUGCAGGCUCCUGCGCCUGUUCGCAAAGAUAGCUUCCGGGAUGCCGCAUCGAAUGGUUCUGUAAACGGCUCCUCCGACACAUCGUCAGUCAAGGAGAUUAAGUCCGCGGCACCCGAACCGCCUAGUUCUUCCACCCCAUCCGUCCACUCUCCGGAGGCCCCUCCUGCUCAGAAACUUCCCGUCUCAUUUGCUGCCGUAGCGAACGGCACCGCCCCUCAGAGUGCCGCCCCCCAACUUCCUGAUGCUGCGAAGGAGGUCUCGGUGACCGCCUGA